UCUUUGCGUAAAUAUUCAUUUUACACAAAAUGGCGGAUUCUUUUGAAUAAAAUCUGCCAUUAUGUACGUAAGAUGAAAGAGCAUGGAGGCGCAUAUACAAGCCAAGCUGCAGAAACCAAGGAAACUAGUCACUGUAUCACAAAUUCUGUAGAUGGAGAUUCUGAGUCUCCAUGUUACAAUAGUGUGAAGAAAAGUGUAAUAGCUGACUAUCCUGACAUUUCUAGAUCAGCUAGAAAAUACAAAGGCAAAGGGAAAUCAGCAAGACACAGUUUGAAUAAAUCUGUAGACUUAUCAUUGUGCUUUGAAGCACAAAACAAUAGACCAAGAACAAGAUCAUCAAGAAACUCAUCUUUAGAUUCCAACAGUAAUUCAAAUUUAUCAGUUCUGUCUGUUGAAGGUGAUACACCUUGUAACCAGGACAAAGAAGUACUUGCCCAUAAGAAAGAAUUACUUGUCUCCUUAAACAAAAAGCCGAAGCAGGGAGAUUUUGAGUGUUUGAAAACUUUAGGAUUGAAAACAAUACCAGAAAACAUAAGGUGUAAGCAGGCUGUUGUAUAUUUGAAAGACUAUUUCAAAGUAAAAAAAGAACCUGAAAACGGAGUUAAUAUAGACUACUUAAAUAAAAGAUAUUUGGUCAAAAUGAAACCCGGAGGAUCAAGGUCACCUAAAAGGCAUUCUCCUGUGCGUGGUGGUGGCACCACUCCAAGUACUAAAGAUUCUAAAGUAGUUAGAACAACGUAUGUCAAACCUGUUAGUAAAGACGCUAUGGGUGAUGAAAAAACUGCAGGUGAAGGCAAAAUUCAAACCUCUGCUGUUCCGGAUGACUUUCCCCAUAAAAAUUCAUUAGAUGCCGAUGACCCAAAGGUAAAGAAAAGACAUUAUGUUGCUAUGAGAAAAGACUCUAUCACACUUGAACAGUCCAGAGUAACCAAGAAGCGAAACCCAACAGUACAUGGUGAUUCUAUAAACUCUGGGAGGGAUAUAACUAAAACCAUUAAAAAAGCUGUUGAUUCUGGACAGGGUGAUACUGUUAAUGAUGAAGAUACCAUAGUAGCAGAAGAGAUGAAAACUCCAAAGAAAAGAGGCAGAAAACCAAAAUCUGCUGAUUCAUCUCCACUUAAAGAAGAUAAGCAAUCUGCAGACUCUAAUCCAGGGGGUGAUCUUAUACCAGAUAUAGUAAUAACACCACCAAAAAGUGGUAGAAAAACACCGAAGAGUCCUAGAUCAAGGAAGAAGAAAGGGGAAAAUGAAAAUGUACAUGAUGUUAUGAAACAAAAAGAUGAUACUCAAGAAAAUGAAAAGCUGACUAUUAAAUGCAAGUCCAGAGGGUCUUCUGAAAGUCCCAGUCCAGUACGAAGGAAAAGAUCCCCAAAACAGCUACAAGAGGGAAGUCCAAAAUCCAUGAAGAAAGGAAGUGAUCAGAAAUCCAAGACAGAUAAAGUAUUGAAGGAAGAAGAUGAAACAAAUCAGGAGAUAUCAGAAAUUAUUCAGGCUCAUGUUGAUGAAGUUAUUGAUGAUGUAGUAAACAGAAAUAUUGAAAUGUUAAAUAAAGAUCCACCUAAAAAAUCACCUUUUAAGAAAAAUAAAAAGCAAGAAUCCCCAGAAAAGAAAUCUACAUCACCUAAUAAAGAAAGGAAAUCUCCAAAGAAAAAUUCUCAGGGAAAAGAAACCUGCUCAGUUGAAAAGAAAAAGCCUCGCUCAAGAAGCAAUAGUGCUUCACCUAAAAAAGAGAAGAAGAAACUUGAGUCAAAGCCUGGAGCUAUUGAGGAUAAUACAAGUCCUUCAAGGAAGUUAGAUUUUGAUGAUGAUAUAACUAAAGUAAUCUUAGAAAAAUCCAAGUUGUCUUUUCCAAGUGACUUUCAAUACAAAUAUACCUCAUCUGGAAUGGGUUGUCUUGGUUUAAAUGAUCUUAUCAGUAAGGUGGACAGUUCAGUGAAAACUAAGGAUGAUAACCUUACAGCACUGUUUGGUAAGGUCAAUGAACCAGAUUAUUACAGUGAAGGAAAAUCUCCUGGCUCCAUGGAUACUGAUGUUAAUACAAGUACAGAUAGUGAUAAAACAAUUGUUGAAUUUGGAGAUACAGAUGAAAAUGUAGAUAGAAAUGUAGAUAUGAGUUCUUCAAGUAAAGAUAGUGAUAACAACAGGAAAAAAGAUACAGCAAAAGCUGUUGAUAAUGGUUUGAUGGAAAAUUUGCUAUCUGAUACUCCUGAGAAACAAGAGCAAUUAAAUACUGGUAAAGAAAACACAGGGAAAGAUAAGUCAGACCUGCAUUUGUUUGACAUACCUCAAAGUAUUGAUACAGAAACACAUGAUAAAGAUACAAAGAAAGCUAAGAGGAAUACUGGUAAUAGUGAAUGUGAUGCUGCAUUAGUAUCAGAAAGCAAGAUUAAGAGUAGUAACAAUACAGAAGAUCAGAGAGGUGUGAAUGAAAAUGAGAAUAUUGAAACAGUUAGUGUAUUUGAAAUGUUUGGAUUAACCUUGAGGAAACCCAAAACUAAAAAUGUUAAUGAUAAUGAGAAAGAUUUGAAAGCGGUGACUGACUGUGAUAAAGUUAAUAAGGACGAAAAAGCGGAUAAUUGUGAAAAUAGUCAGGAGAAGAUAGAUAAGAUAAAGUCUUUUGAAAAUGAUCAGAAACCAGAAGAUGACGAUGAUGUGAUGUUUGUUUCAGAAACAAAACCUGGAGAUAGUAUUGUUAUUCUCUCUGAUGACGAUGAAAAAGAUAGCAAAGUUAUAGACCGCUCUGGUUAUGAAAGUUUGAAAGAAUCGAUUGAGGAAAAGAAAUUGAAACCAAAAUUAACAACUGUUAAUAAUGUUGUUGAACCAAAGCCAUUAGACAUAUUGUACAAACUUGAGCGAGCUGAUGCAAAGAAAGAAAAUGCAUUUACUUGUAAUGAGCUUGACAAAUACUUAGAUGUAAAUAAGGAAAAUGUUGGUCCAAUGCAUGUGAUACCAAGCAAAGAAAAUGAAUGUAGUAGAAAGAAUGAAAAUAUGAAAGUGGAUGUAAAAGAAGAAAUUAAGAAAGCUGAGCCAGAUUUUGAUGAAGUAGGUGGUCAUGUCUUUGUUUCUUUUGCCACAGAACAUGCUUUGAAUGCUCAUGUUUCUCUUGAAAAGAAAAUAGAUUGGUUAACAGAAGCACAGUUGAAGAAAAUGACUCAUUUAAAGCACAUGAAGGAAAGACAGCAAGAUUCAGGGUCAAGGAGAGUUACAGAUGUAAAAUUUGGAGAUGAACAAAAGCAAAAUUUUCGGGGAAUACCUAUGCGUAUGAUGAAAUAUCAGAAAAUGUUGAAACAGGAGUUAGAAGAUAUGCUGUUGGGAAGACAGCCCAGAUCGCCAGAAAAAUCUCCUUCAAAAACGCCAACAAAAACUACAGAUAUAACAAAGAUAAAGGGUUGGAAAAAUAAGUUCCAAAACCCUGAGGAAAUGCAAGAAGCAACUGGGCUGAACAUCUCUGAAUCUGGUAAAGUUCAUUGGAGAACUGAGGAAAGACUUGUGAAAAAUCUUGAUCCUGAAGAAAUCAAAGAUAUUGGGCUUGAUCUGAAAAAGAAACGUAGAAAGCUGGUGAAUUAUUCAAACAAAAGGAAAAGUGGUCAUAACAUUAAAACAGAAGAUAGAGAUUCUGAAAUGAUUGAAUAUGAAUAUGAAAUUGAUGAUAUGGCCAUAAUUGAGAGUGACGUUUACAAUGAAGACGAAGAUAAACCACCACCUGAAAAGAUUCCAUAUUAUUUGAAAUACUCUAGUCAGCAUAAAUACGGAGCAAGGAAACUGUUUGUGAAGAAGAUGAGAUUAGAUGCAGAAGAUGAGAGAAUAUUACAGAAACUUGGAACACAGAAACAAGUUGGUCAGAAGCCCGAGUUGCCCAGUGCAACCAGUAAACGUAAGAAGGGGAAACAGAUGUUUUCGCUCUGUAAGUUGACUCAUACAAUGGCUAUGGCUGCAGUGUCUGCUUUUGAUAAACAGCUACUCAACAGAGCAAAAGGGAUGGAAAAGGCUGAAUGCACCAGAAAGAAGAAAAAAGAGGCAAGAUUGGCUAAAAAGGGAUUGAAACCAACAGAACUUCACAGUGAUAGCCCAGAGAUUAAAGAAGAAGUUGAUCUAGACUAUCAUUUUGACACUGAAGGUGAGAAAUAUGAUGAUGUUGAAAGUGACAAUGAUGAACAUGUGAUGGAGGAGGAACAGGGAGACAGACUCGAUGAUGAAGAUAGUACUCAUGAAGGGAAGGUAGAGAAGAAACGGAGAUACUCGUCAGCCAGCAGAGGUAAUCAAGGGCUCGGGCAUUCAAGCAGCAGAGAGGACGAUAUGCUUCAAGAAAAAAUAAAAGUUGAAAUCAAGACGGAGAGCCCAGAUACCUGUACACAGCCAGGGCCUUAUAUCAGUGGCUCAGCCACCCCUUGCAAAGACUGUUAUUUGGGCUGUCGCUAUGGAUGUAUCUGUCAUCUUUGCAAGCUCUCAGACAGCGGAGAGGAGAAAGAGACGGAUUUCAAGCCUCCAUGUGACAAGGAGUAUUGCCGUCUGGGUUGUAUCUGUGAUAGUAUUGAUACCAAAGCUGCUGAUACUGAACACUGCAGAAAACCUGGCUGUAUGUUUAAGUGUAAAUGUCCUCCAAAACAGCCUAAGCCAGAUAUACCGAGGGAGAGGGAUCAUGGGAAAAAGAAGAAGGGAAAAGGAGGAAAAAAGAAGAAGAGAAGCCCAGACAAAAUGCAGGAGUUUGAAGGUUCUGGUAAGGAGGAGGAUGUGAUGGUUGGUGAUGACAAUGACUGGGAACCACCCAGUAAACGUAAACGAGGACCAAGCAAUAGCAGGUUUGCUAAUCUACCAAAAAGGGAGACAACCUACAGGUUAGCGAAAAAUCUGGAUGCGGUCAGUAGAAAGGCAAUGGAAGUGUAUGCCAGUAGUGAGAUGUUCACAGAACAGAAAGUUAGGAGAAGAAGAAGUGACCAGUCCUAUGAUGAUGGUUACUACCUGUCACCAGAGUUUAAAGACACCCAAGAAAAGAGGAGAUUUGUCAAACAAGAUGAAGAAAAAUUGGAACCUAGGUUAAAUGAAGAGACAGGUGUUCUGGAGAUCUCUGAUGAGGAGUCUGAUGAUGAAGUUUAUCCUGAAGAUUUUGUCUCUUGUUCUAGGAUACAGCCAUAUGUUGGCCCAUACAGACAAAAAAGAGAUAUUACCCAACUUAAUAAAAGAAAGGGUGGCCCUGGCAGCAAAGCUUCCAAAACUGUGAUAGAUCUUGUAGACUCUGACAAGGAAGAUAACUCUGGUGAUAACAAGAGCAGUAGUGAUCUCCCCUCUACAUCAAAAGGAAAUCGACCACAAAGUUUAACAGAAAAAAUGGGCCUGACAAAUAGGUUGCUCAAAAAAUUGAAGGAUGAAGAAAAGAAACCAUCUCAAGAUGAGACUAAAUGGAAAACCCAGAUGGUCUGUCUUAAAGCAAAAAAGAAAUCGGAUGAUAAAUCGCAGGAUGCACAGGCAGAGAUCAAACUGCUGGAGAUCAUGUCAAAUUGUAAUUGGGAGGUUGACAGAACUAACAUGCUCUCAAAAAUCUCACACAUUAUCUCUAAGGAUUACAUGUGUGAUACAUCUAAAAGUCAGUUUAUUGUGUGGGGCGCCUAUUUACUGGAGUUUUUACCGAAGGCUGAUAAGCCGGCUGUGAUUCCACCAGAACUGAAACCCAAACUUCCCAGCGAAAUGUUCUCCAUCAGAAUAAAAGUUACUAAUAAUGUAGGUAAGGAUGAGAAAAAGGAAAAGAACACUGACGAGGUUGUGACAGUGGUGGAUGAUGGUCAGGAAUGUACAAAGUCUAAAGCAAUGUCAGAAGAUGAAAGGAAGCGGUACAAUAUGAGGUUGCAGAAGAAAUUGAUUGAUAAGAUAAAAUUUGCUGAGCGGUUGAGAAAUCUGAUCAUAGCUGAAGAAAAAAAAGGGGUGACUGCAUCAAAAUUUUCCGUUUCUAGGGAAGGCAUAGAAAAAGCUUUAAAGAAGUACAAGACUCAGUUAUGGAAAGCCUAUACUGGCAAUAGUAAUUUGACUAUACAACAACUGAAACAGGCACUGCAUGCUGCAAAGUCUUCUGCUGGUGGAUCAAAUACUGCUGGUAAUAAAUCUAGACCAGUUUCAAGAGGUGCUAGUGCAGCUGCUAAUGAGACAUUGUCAACUUCAACUUUGGAACGGAUCCAGACAAAUCAAGGUGUUACUGUGGUUACUGCAACUGGGCAGACUAUGGGACAUCAUAGCUUUAUAAACCUUGCCAAUCUUCAGCAAGGAGUAGCUUCAACAGCAGGUGCCUCAAUUAAAUCUGUUGGCAAUCUUGUCAUUCAUGGAUCUGUGCCAACACAUAAUCUCAACCAGGGACAAGGGUUAAUUGAUAAUAUUGAAAAUGUAAAAAAAUUCGACGGGCCAGUUUCCUCAGUGCCCCAAGCACCUAAAGGAUCAAUAAGCACCUCAAAAAUAAAUCAGAUAUCAAAUGCAAAUUCAGGUUUAAGUCCGAAUAUUUCUGGAUCUGAUGUUGUAUUUAUGCCUCUUGACAAAAACAUACACCCUAGUCAGCUACCUCCAGGAGCCAAGAUAGCAGUUGUACAGCCUAUCCUUGAUCGAGAUGGUUCUCCAGUACCCUUUGCAGGACAGCCGCCUGCUGGUGGUGGACCAUUUAGGGCUGUUGUUCUUCCAAAUGCUUCUCAGAUGUCUGGCUUCCCAGUGACUAAACCUUUCUUAAAUCCAGCAGUGACAUCCUUAGCUGCAACUCGUCCAGUUAGUACUCAAAAUUUUCAAGGUUCUAGCGUAUCAGGAAUGACGUCAAGUACAUCUGGACCUCAAAGUGUUCCACGAAUGCCAGGUCCUGUUGGUGCAGUUCAUACGUCCGGAAAUUGUGUCUUUGUGAAUGGAACUGGCCCAGGCAUGAGGGCUGGUUUCCCAUGUCCACAGUAUGUAGCUACAGUGACUUUACCUAGUAGUUCAGUAAGCGGAUUUCUUCCAUUAAAAAAUAUUUCAAACAUAGGGUCUGUGAUGUCUCCAUGUACUUCUGGGGGAACUUUGAUAACUUCAAAUGGUACUGCAGUAGCUCCAGGUGCUACAGGUGUUUAUCCAAUCAGAUUUACACCAGACACAUCAGGAAAAAUGCAUGUUGCAGUACCACCAAAAGAUAUGAUUGGUUUUCCAAAGGUAGCUUCUAUGCCUUUCAAGAUUGUUCCUGAUGGGAAACAAAUGUUGCUGGUUCCAGUAACUUCUUCAGUGGUUCCUAGCUCAACUGGCUCCAAUAUGUCAGCAACAGAUGUAGCAAAUGUGCAUGUUGUUAGUCAGUUUGGGACUGGAUCUCCCAUGGUCAGGCCAAAUGCAACAAGUCCGGUACUUUUUACUUUGCCAGUGUCUGAAGGAAAUGUUUCUUCAAAUUUGCAGGAACAGAUUCCUGCAACAAAUCUAAAUGGUCAAAGAAAAGGCAGCGAUACUGUGUUCAAAAAACAAAAUACAGGUUUUCAUGCUGAAGAAAAUAUUGCACAGAAACCAGAAUCAUACAUAUCAAAAAAUGAAAUUGCUCAAGGGAAGAAAUUGAGAACUGAUGAAACAGAAAUUGGAAGUUGUGAAAGAGGUGAAAUCUGUGAUAGUAUUCAUGUUGAAAGUGAUGGUGAAACUGGUGAUGUUGACUCUUUAGGAAGCUCAUCAAAAUCUCUGUCUUCACUCAGUGAUAUAAUGAAGACUGAUAUUAAUUCACUUGAAGUAAAACAUCAUACAAACUCUAGUAAAUCCAGUGAAAACAUAGCUCAGAAAGAUGCAGCUAAAAGAUGUAAAUCCGAAACUACUGAUAUAAAUGACAUUUUAGAUAUUGCAAAAAGUGCAGGUAUUGAAAUAGCUAAUACUUUAGAGCUUAUAGAUAAGACAGAUAGAGAAAGGAAUAGUUCGAGUACUUGUCUGAAUGUGAAAAGUAAUGUUAAGAAAGAAAAGAUAACAGGUGGUUCUAAAACAGAGUCAGAUUGUGUUGUGCUUGAUGAUACUGAUGAGGAAUGUUUAGUGAUUGAUGAACAGCAAAAGGAACAAAAUCAAACAAUUGAAGAUGAAGCAAAACAAAAUACUACAGAAAAUAAGGACAAAAGCUCAUCAGAAAAUCAAAGAAAAAGUUCGUCUCCAGAUUUAAUAGACAGUAUUGAUUGGGAACAGGAAAUAAGAAUAAUGGAAGACUACAUGGAAAAAGAACGUAGAGAAAGAAGUCAAGCUGAAUCAAGACAAGAAGAGCAAGCUGCUAUAAAAAUAGAGGAUUCUGAGGAGUCUGAUGUAGACGUAACAUCCUAUGAUGCCUUGGAUCCGAUUCCAAGUACAUUAUGCCGUGAUUUCAGCACCCGUCAACCUGUCCAGCAGAGUCAAAGCAAGCGGAAAUCUCAGCAUACAACAGUGCCUUAUGAUGAUGAUUUUCAGAUAAAGAAAUGCAGGAUUGAAGUGAGAAAGGAUUCUACUCGUCUUGGGGAAGAGUUUAUGCCAGGAAAUAAGAUAAUGAAACAAAACAAAGAGAAGUACAGACGUCUUGAGUUGCGCAAUCUCUUUAUUCAUAUUCAGAAGACUGUGUUCAAAUAUAACCAAGCAAUGCAGCACUACACUGGUAGAGUUCCCAAGCACAUGAUCUUGCAGGAGGCCCUUGAUAUUUUGUCUGCUUUAAAUCAAAGACAGGAGCUAUUGAAGGAGUGUUUGGAGGAUGGUCGACAGUAUGAAAAAACAUUGAAAGCUCAAUUAAAACAACAAAUUGACUCAUUUGUGCAAUCUGGGGUUCCAGAAGCAAUAAUUAAAAACUUCCUUAAAAGUGUUGAGAAGUCAAUAUUACCAAACGCCUCAAAACGAAAGAAAAAGGCCGUCCAGACCUUUUCCUCCGAGCAAAUAGAGAUAUCAGACUCUGAGGAUAGUGAUUCAGCUCUGGAAUAUGAACCAUUGAAUCCUAGUAAAUUCCAAGAAUAUUUGAUGUCUGCAGAUCUUAUUCAUACAGCUGACUCUGAUCCAGAUGUUGUAAAUAUGGCAGAUAAUCCUGUGGAAAAUCUGUCUGCUGUUUGUGACAAUUCUGGUUCACAAACUGAAGUUAAAUCAGUUUGUACAUCUUCACCAGUGAAAAUUUUCAGCGGUGACAGUGUGGAGACACGACAAGUAGCAUGCAGUAAUAAUUCCCAGGAUCAGAGAGCAGAUUUUGCAUCUGAUGGACCGAUAAAUGCAGCAGACUCUCCGAAAAAUGAUCAGGGAGUUGGUGCUUCUUCAUCACCGUGUACUGUAAUACCUGGCCAGAAAUCAUGUAGUAAUAAUGACAAUAUUAGAAGUUCAACAGGUGAUGCAUUAAUUGACCAUGAUAAUAAUUUCAUGCAGAACAAACAAGGGAGUGAAAUCAGCCAAUCAGAUGAUCUGUUACAAACUAAAGACAAUGUAGUAUGUGCAACUAACAGUGUCACCUGAUAGAUACUUGGCUUUGGUCAUUAUGUUCUGAAAACUGAAAACAUCAGUGCAUUGGUUGUCCCAACUGAUCAGUCAAGAUUUCGAUGUCCAAAAUGGGCAGCCAUAUUUAUGGAUGGACAAGUUAGAAGUGCAUGGACGGUGCCAUAGCAACACCAUGUGUUCUGUAUGUGUUAUAGUAUGCAUUCAAAUAUAUGUGCUAAUUUUUGUAAAUAUGAAAUAACCUUUUAAUAAAAUAUAUCUGAAAUUUACUAGGUACAAAUGUGAAAUUAAUUCAGGGAUUUGAUUAUAAACUUUGCUGUUGACUAUUUGUCGUAAUAAAUGUAAAAUAUUGUGAUAUAUAUAUAGCAGAUAUGAAAGAGCUUCUGUUUAUAGGGAAUGUUUGAUUGACCUUGUUUCAUUGAAAUUGCUUGUUGCAAGAUGUAUUAGUUUUAGUGGAAUGUUGCAAGACGGAGUAAGUGGCUUUCACCCCAAUAAUUAAAAAGACCACAUCACUGAAAAUGUUUUCAUGAACUAUAGCUAGUGUUUUAAAGAAUAGGGACUUGUUGUUACUUUAUCUUUUUGCUACAAUUAAGAUUGCCAAGUUGCAAUAUGUUUAGACUUGUUUCAAGCUUGUGUGUUAUACAUAGAAUGAAACAUUUUUGCUAUUUGACAAUAUGAGUAAGUUUCACAUGCAUAUUUUCAUUCUUCAAAAAAAAAUCUAUGUUAGUGAACAUACAACACUUGUAUGGCCAGUUGAAUUUAGAGUGUAUGUGGGACAGUUUUCACAGAAAUAACAUUUGGAUCAUUUCUCUCCAUUCAGAAGGUAGAUGAUCUGAAUGUCAGUUUGUAAAUAUUGCGACAUUGUGUUCCUAUAUCUAAGGCAGCUGUUAUUAUACUGAGUACAUGUUUUGUCAUUGCAUAGUUUUUAAACCUUUUUAAAUUGCAUCUAAGUAUAAACUUCUGUUUCAUGUAAAUGAGUUAUGUGAGUCUUUCCCUUGAUCUCUAUAAACGGAUGUGUUGCUGUAUAUUUAUACUAAAUUUUCCAUGAUAUAAACAGUUCCUUUUGUGCAAAAUUUUCUUGAUGUGUAUAAAGGUACAUGUAGAUAAACUCAUUGCCUUUGCUGACAAUAAGCAUCGAUUUAUUCAAUGUUGCUUUGGGCAGCUACAUUUCAUAUGUCAUUCUCACAAUAAUUUAUAUUUCCAUUAAACAUUACUUAGAUCAUCAAAAUUUAAAGUAAAGUUAUAGAUAGGAGAUGAAAGACAUGUAACAGCAGCAGCUCAAAAUUAAACACGGGCACUUUGUGUGAAAUUGAGGCAGAAAUGUCAUGAAUUGUGGACAGUGCUGUCACUGCUAGUACUUGACUUUUCCUGUCCAGUUUUAGCCUAGUGUUAGUCAUUGGGUUUAAUUCACAAAGGUAGAAGCUGCAACAAUGCUUGAACCUCUUUGUUUAUUUGAAUAUUCUCUCAGCCAAUCGACUAUGUUACAUGAUAUCUGCAAUAACUGUACUGCUAUUUUGUAUUUGUAUCAAUAUUAUGUAUAUAUUGUGUAUAGACACUGGCUAGUCUCGUUUCAAUUCUUGUUAACUUCAAUCAUUUACAUUUUAUUUCCUUGUUUAGAAAUGGUCAUUACAGCAACAUGAGAUUAAAGAUAAAGGUAUUUCUAACAGAA